AAGAACCCAAAAUCUUCGGUGGUGCCUCUGGCAGACACGCAAUCCGUUCAUCUACCAUUCAGCCAAUGUGUCACGGAGACAUCAAACCACGCAAAUUGUCAAGAAGCCCAUACACACUUCCGCAACAAAUGUCCCCUUCAGAAUACAGUUCUUCGGCAGCGAUGAGUUUUCGAUCGAGGUUCUGAAGGCCCUUCUAGAGGCCAGAGAUGUUUAUCAGUCUAUCAAAGUCAUCCACACUGGUAUCAAGGCACUGCCCAGCCAAGUUCACAAAGGAUGGGACAUCUCGCAGACCUAUACUCCCGAAAUUCUGAACUUUUCACAAGCUCAGAAUAUAAUGCAUGAAGAAUAUGACUCAUCCAUCAGUCUUUCUAGUUCACAUCCCGGACUCCCAGCGAGAGAAGAGACCAGGUCAUCAGAACUAUCUCAUCUGGAUCAGCCAUCGCUAGUGGACGACAUGAAGAGAAGGAAGGACCCGUUAGAAGGAGGGGACAUGAUGGUGGUAGCUUCUUUUGGACGGAUACUACCCCCGGAGCUGUUGAACCGCUUUGCCCAUAAUCGCCGACUCAAUGUGCACCCGUCCCUGCUUCCAAAGCUUCGCGGUGCAUCCCCUAUCCAAAUGGCUAUAUACGAGGGUCAUGCCAGAACUGGGGUGUCGAUCAUUGGAGUGGAAGAGAAAGUGGACGCUGGUGCCAUCUGGGCUCAAGAUCCAAUUGGCGUAUAUUCUGAUGAUACAUUCCUGAAACUUCGAGCCAAACUUGGAGCAUUGGGAGGACGAUUACUGGUCGAUGUCCUGCGCAAGAUGUUGAUCAAUCAGGCCGUCAGUCAUCCACAAGGGAGUGGGGCAACAUAUGCGCCUAAAAUCACCGACAGUUUAUCGAAAGUAAACUGGAACACGAUGACCGCCACCCAGGUGUCACGUAUUUGGCGAGCAAUUGGGCAUGCUCAUCCACCGAAAUCCACCUUCUUAUCAAAGAACGGGCAGUACAAGACGUUUCGGAUGAUUGGUGUUCAAGAGGUACAGAACCCAGUUGCCGACCUCAAGAAACCCGGCUCUGCCACCUUUGUCAAGAAAACAGCUAUGUACCACGUGCGCUGUGCUGAAGGGACUGAAAUUGGGUUCAAGAUUGCCCAUACUGAAGGCGCAGCGAUGGCUGGGGUAAAGCAAUGGCGAAAUGGGCUACCAAAAGCUGUCAUGCGAUUUGGCAAGAGUUCUCCAAGCGAAACGGACUACGAACCCCAAGAGUAUGAUAUCAUCCAUCCCCACCGGGCGGGACCUUCUCCUUUUUACACCCAGGCAGUGCCGCUAUAAUAUACUACUGUGCUUAUCGGAAUGGAAGCCACACAUGGUAUGAGGCGAACAUAGUUGUUACCCAGCAGGGCAAGUAACCCAUGAACAUUGG